CGCGAGUCGAUCGUCGACGGUGGGCAGAGAGCGUCGGCUGCGUCGGAUAAUACUCUCCGUGCGUCUGACCACGGUCGUCGGGUUUGCUGAUUCCUGAUCGUUGAUUGCCGUUCGAACCAACCGUUUUUCCGAGAACGGUUGAGGAAUAGGAAUAUCGCGGACGUAGUACUUUCGUAAUGCUAACGGUGAGAACGUUAAAAACGGUGCCGACAUUGACGACGAGAACGGAGGAGACAGGCGAGGACUGCGAAAAACAACGGCGUGCGCAAAACGAGGGCUACGCAUCGGUCGCGCGACCAGAGCCACGGUGGUGAUGGAACGUAGACGGGAAGAAGCGUAGCGCAACCGAGGAGGAGUUUGAGUGGAAGGGAGAGGGGAGGAGAACGAGGGAGAGAGAGAGAGAGAGAGAGAGUUGAAGGAAGAUAGCGCGAUAGCGACGACGGAACUGGCCGACGCACGCGAGAGAGAGAAAGAGAUAGAACGAAAUCGACGGGGGGGCGUCGGUGGCCGAGGAGCAGAGGAGACAAAGAGGGUGGUGGUGGGAGCGAUAGGAGGAGAGACAGACGGACGACCAGACGGAAGACAGACGGAGGAGGAGGACGGACGGACGGACGGACGGACGGACGAACGAGAACGGGUGGGCAGGCCAGGCAAACAGGCAAACAGGCAGGCAGGCGGGCAGGCAGGCGGACGGACAGACAUGUGUCAUUUCUUCGUUGCCGACUUCUCGUAUUCGAUAAGACCGGAGUGGCUCACCGACGCACGAUCCAACGGCCGACGACGUUCGUGAUCGCGGUGUGCGUGCGUGCGUGCGUGCGUGUGUGCUGUGCUCGCGAAAAACUCGCGAAACCGUACGAGGGCGUUUAUUCCCCGUCAUCGCGUUCCGCUAGUGUGCCAUCGAUAAAGUCGUACCGUGCGUUUCGCGUUAUUCGGAGAAAGAAGAAAGACAACGGUUAGCGGCGAGCUUCGAACGGUGCAUUUCCAUUCGUCAAUGCCACUGCCAUCGUCGUCCUCGUCGUUGUCGUCGUCGUCGUUGUCGUCGUCGUUGUCGUCGUCGUCGUCGUCGUUGUCGUCGUCGUCGUCGUUUUGGUCACCGUCGUUUUGUUAUCGUCAUCGUCAUCGUCAUCGUAGCAGUGUCGGCCGUACGCGUCUCACGCCUCGGUAGUGCGUGCGCGAAUAUUAUCAUGUUUAUGAACACCGCGACGUUAAGGUGGAUUGCCACGGUCGCCACCGUUGUCGUCGUCGUCGUCGUUGUCGUCGUCGUCGUCGUCGCAAACCCUUCGUCGAACGUAAUAAUGCCGAUCGAGAAGGACGGACAGACUUGAGGAAGAGAGGCACGUAGUGGCGCGCGCGCGCGCUAGCCAGGUGGACGAGAGAGAGACAGAGGAAGAGGGGAAGAAAGGAGGAGAGAGAGAGAGAGAGAGAGAGAGAGAGAGAGAGAGAGAAGGAUAGCAAAGCAGCAGGCCACGCACACGCAGAGCAGAGGCACGAUUCGCGUGCAAAGGCAGCAGGAGGGCUCGUCGUCGUCGUCCGUCCACAAGAGAUGGACGACGCACCAGCAGCAACGUACUACAUCGGCAUCGUUGCUCACGUUGAUCGCGAACGCGGUCCCGUACGCGAUUACGCUGCCACGAGUGCCGUCGAGUGAACUCGAAGAAUAAGAAGAGAGAAGUAGUGGUAGUAAUAGUGGUGGUGGUGGCGGCGGUGGCGGCGGCGGUGGCAGCGGCAGCGGUGGAGUCUGCGGUAGUGUUGGAGGGCGAGGAGGUGGCGGUAAGCAACGAGGGGAAGGAGAAAGAGAAGUGCCGAGAGGAGGCAUUUCGCGCGUCGCAGAUUUCGCGUGUCCGAAGGCGCGAUCGUGAGACGCGAUCGCGAGGCCGUGCGAGGUCUGUCUUACUUGCCCGUCGCGACAAGACACGACGACGGCGACAACAACGACGACGAGGACGACGACGAAGAAAACAAUAACAACUCGACGACGACAACAACAACAACAACAAUAACAACAACAACAACAACAACAACAACAACAACACGACGACAACGACGACGAGCGGAAUUGAUUCUCGAAUAAUGGAGACAUUAUUACCCGGCAAUACGAACGGUCAAUCUUACAGUCCACAAUUGAAGACCGUCUUAAAGACAUAUCAGCUAUCGGCUGUGAAGAGCUUACAAGGUCCGAGCUCGGCCCUUUUGGGCAUGGACUGUAAGGGUCUCUUGCAAGAACAGGCGCCCUUUCAUUUCUCUGCACCGAGUCGUUCCGGCAACUGCAUCGACGCCGACCGAAUUGCCGAGCGAAUAGCCGAGCGAACCUCUCCGAAAGACCUCGAUAAAGGCAAUGACCAAGCACCGGUGCCAUCGAUCCUUCCUUCCAGACUUCGCCGAACGAAUUUCGAUCGGCCGUUGGACGACUCCGACGAGGAUCCACCGCCCGAUCGCGCCAAAAUCUCUUGCGAGAAGAGAGACCUCGAGUUUCAGAUACCCAUCCUCACUGCUCCCGAUCAAAGUUGUUCCGAAAGAUGCGAGACGGUACUCGAGGGCGAGAGCAUAUCCUGCUUCGUUGUCGGCGGCGAAAGGAGGUUAUGUUUACCACAGAUACUGAACACCGUACUCCAAGAUUUUUCCCUUCAGCAGAUCAAUCAGGUCUGCGACGAGCUACAGAUUUACUGCUCGCGAUGUACUCGCGACCAGCUCGAGGAACUCAAACUUUCCGGGAUUUUACCGCGUAACGCGCCUUCCUGCGGUCUGAUCACUCAAACCGACGCCGAGAGGCUCGUCAGUGCUCUCCUAUCGAGGACAGAACCAUGCGAGCCUCCUCAUCUAUUGCAAAAUCAAGAUAGUAUCGAUAAGAAAGCAUGUGGUAAAACCGAUCGCGAGGAGGACUCUAUCGUCAGGUUCAAAGUGUAUCACGAGUGUUUUGGCAAGUGUAAGGGUAUCUUCGACGCGGACCUCUUCGAGUCCGAGGAUUCUGUGUGCAUAGAGUGUCUCGAAUGUGGUUGUCAAUUUUCUCCCCAACGUUUCGUUAGACACGCUCAUAGGUCUCUGGAAAAUCGUACGUGUCACUGGGGCUUUGACUCUGCCAACUGGCGUUCUUAUCUCCUACUUUCUAGAGAUCAGCAAAACUACAACAAGUUGCUAGCUGUCUUUCGAGAGUUGAAGGAGAAACACCUAGUACUCAACUCGAAGCGGAAACUAGAGUUGAGACACGAACCAGAAAAAUUAAUUAAAAGAGCGAAGAAAGAAAUGGGGAAGGAUGAGUGCGCGACGAUCUACAACGGAAAUGGAUUAGGCAUAUAUCAUCCUGUAUCUCCUGUGGCUAGUGCGACGGAUCCAUAUUUACAGAUGCAAUGGGCCGUGUUUGAAUUAGCUACCAGAGGAGCAUCCGCGUUUAGGCCUUGGAGCGCUACUGCUUCUCGCAAGCAUAGAGACAGCUCUCCCAUGGUACCCUCGUACCUCAGUCGUGGUCCACCUGUACUGCAACAUCCGGAACGCGUUGUGCCUCUAUCCGAGUGCGAACGAUUCGAGCCACAUUUUCAACCGAACGUUGCUUUGGCACCGAUACCGGCUCCUGCCAUACCAUCUAUAGCUCCUCCUGUUCAUCAUCAACGGCAUCACCAAGAGCAUCGUCAUCACAGUCAACGUCCGCAAAGUCCGCAAAAUGAAAAGCAACAGGAGCUCGUACCGAAACAGGAGUUUGCCGUGAAACUCGAAAAAUCGUCUCCUGGGCCGGCUUCCUCUGGCGGCCCGGCCUCCUAUCCUCUCUUCCCUACGUGCGCAACGGAGAACGAUCGAAAAGAGACGCAAGAGAAAAGAACAACCGUCGAAAAAGUUGGCGAGGAGGAGGAGAGUGCCGCUGUAACUUCUUCGACUGUGAGCGUUGAUCCACCAGCGGCAGAAGUGGGCACGUCCUCCCCUGAAAGUGAUUCGGAUUCUGAGGGAACCGCGGCCAUGGAUUUGGAGGAACGACUGAUAGCACUGGACGUUCCGCAGGAUGUUUUGGAGUUAGUUCGUCGUCUUGCUUCCGAAAACGCACAGUUGAGACGACAUCGGCGCUCGGAUGCUCGAAAAAUCUCGAGGCUACGCAGUCAACUGCAAAUGCAACAUUUACAAUCUACCAAUGAGAGUGUCAAAAAGGAAGAAGUAGGAAACGCGAGUGUAGCGGAUAGUACCGAAGGCACCGAGGAAACCGAAGUCUCUUUACGUUCGAGUGACAAUGAGCCCGAAUCGGCAGUCCAACCGGUUAGUAAUAAUUAGAAUCGAUCCUUAGAAAUUUUUCGAUUGUUUAAUAAUGACCGUUCUACGAUUAUUGCGACGUUUAUCAUUCGGCCAGAUAAGCGUUCUCAUUCAAUUUAAUAUUAAAUACACUAACAAUAAUAUGAUUCUAAAAACGAUUCGAAAUUGUCUAGUUUAUGUGAUAUGCGAGGAGCCUUUAAUGUUAUUACGGUUAAUUUGAAAUUUUUAAUGUAAGUAUACUUCAUUGUCGAUUUUAAUUAUAAUUCAAUGUAGAUACUGUAUUAUAUGAAAAAAGAAGAAAGAAAGAAAAUAUUAAAUAGAUUGGAAAAAUUUACCACGCCCGCGUAACGAUAACGUUUAAUGAUUAUUAAGUAAACAUUUUGUGCAUAUUAAAUAUGCAUGAGAUGGUUUUAAAAAAAAAAAAAAAAAAAGAAAAGAAAAUUUUUAUGAUCGUACGUUUGGUCGAACGAACAGGAAAGAGAUUAAAACUAAUUUCCAUUAACUUCUUGUAGUCAUGAUUGCAUAAUGUAAAUAUAUAUUGUCUCAUUAUAAGUAUAUGUUAGUAUAAAAUAUAACUCUAUUAUGCGAAAUAUUACAAAGUACAAAAAACCUAGGUGCUGUAUUGUUACGCUAGGAAUGCUCUAAGCAUGGACCUAGGUGUGUUCCAGCAGCUCGUGAUAUGUCAUAAUAAUAACGUCAUUGGGUAUGUUUUAGUCUAAAUCUUGAGCGCGAUCGCAAUAUCUUUUUCUUUAGUAUGGAAAGGCUGAAUUAUCUACAUUUCUACAAAGGCAAUGAUUUCGCUAGUAGGGAUCAUUGAUAUUUUUCAAUACCAGAACACUUAAGCUACAAAUAAAAGGAGUACAUCACAGUCUCAUUUCUCGAUUAAUUAUUCAAGAUCGCUAUCCCUCUCCAAAUCGCGAACAUAUUGCUUUCUGGAUUUUCUCUUUUCAAUGAAAUUAGAUAAAAUCUAUUUUAUGCCAAAAUAUUUAUAUGUGAUGUAGAUUUGUUACCCUUUCUACUUCUAUAUCUCAUAUGAUAUUCGUUUAAUAAUACAUACAUAGAGGAGGAGUAUAUAGAAGAACGAUCGAUUAAUUUUAUGUGCAAUCCAAAAUUGCUAAAAUCUAUUGCCUAAGCUUUUGAUACAUAUUGGUAUUUAUUUGGAGUAUUGUAUAUACAUAUCAUUUUACUUUAUAUUCGAUGCAUAAAACGAUAAAGAAAUCUGUUUAACAGACUUUUUACUACGAGUACUCCGACUCGCGAGACUCAACACGAGUAGUUUGCUGACACAAUACGAUCGAUAUUGGCAAAUCAUUAAAAGAAAAAGAAAAAAAAAUGAAAGAAAGAAAAAACCAUCUUUAUGAAAGGUAUGUCCCAUUCAUUGAGCCAAACUGUAUUAUAUAAUAUAAAUUCUAUACAGUGAUGGGAGGGAUGCUUUUUUUAAAGUUCGUAGGUAGAAGUAUACGGUACUAGAUUAAAAACGUACCUAGGUGAUAUUAGACAUACGAAUAGGAAAUUAUAUAGAUAUGCAUGUACAUACAUUGUAUGUAGGAGACUUUUACAUGAUUCACACCUUCACGUUCACGCAUAUAACAUUAUCUAGUUUAUUCUACGUUACGCGCCAUAUAUUAUAGAUCUUAUCUGUUUGUUAAAUGCAUAAAAAAGAUUUGUAGUAAUAUACAAAGCUACAUUAACGAUGUAAACAUCGUCGUGUCGAUGCAUAUGUAUCAAAACGUAUGCGAACAACAACUUGAUUCAUUUUAUAUCGCGAUUUACCAAAUGUAUACUUAUACACAAGUACAAACGAAGGAAUAUACCUUGGUAUAAUAUAUCUUUUAUGUACUUGUGUUCAUAUACUUCCCAUCACUGGAUAUACAUUAUAUAAUCUAUCGAUUAUCAUUAGGCUUGACAAAUCUUACAUAUUUAAAUUUAUGUAAUAUAGCAGAAAACAGUUUCCAAUAUUCAUAUGCGAUCUAUGCAUAUACAAUCCUGUGGAGACUGCUUCGAAGAUCUCUCAUAAAAAUGCUAUACUCUAAUAUAUUAAGCAUUAAUUACAUCGACAUAUUCACAAUACAAGAAUCUUUUUUGUAUAUCUCCAUAACUGUUAUCAUAUUUGUAAUUACAUACAUAAUAAUUGUCAACGCGCUGCAUCAAGGUCACGAAGCAUUAGACAUUUACUUUUUCCAAAUCAUGUAACUCGGACAGAUCUCACUUAUUUUCGGUGUAGUGGAAGAGGAAUGAUAGAUUUUCAAAGCACUCUGAUGUGACAUUAUACAUAACAAUCGAUGAUAUAGAAUAGGUAUAUUCAUUACUGCAUCUUAUGUAACAUUUGGUCAAUAUACAUAUAUUAUACAUAAGCCACAUUAUAUUAUUACAAUAUUAUAAGAAUCCCAUUUAUGAUAAAGAACAUAAUAGUCUACGUUUUUCAUACACGCUCAGUUUAUCAUAGUUACCUAGAGUAUGACAUGAAUAAUACAUAAUACAAAUCAUAUAUACAACUCGGUUUUGAGUACAUUUGAGAACUAUGUAUAUGAACAGUUUCAUUAAAUCAUGUAACUGCCAUGACAUGAAGUGUAUUUUAAUUUCAAAUGGAAAUAUAUUAUAAAUAAACGCAAUAUCUAUAAUGCUUGCUUUUAUUAAAAUUUGUGCAUUGUAUUAAAUGAAACGCGUAUAAGUGAGAGUACUAUGUAUUUCGUUUAUUGAAUUAAUAUUCCAUUCUUCUUAUUCAGGAUCAUUGAACUCUAAGUCUGUGGAAAAAAUUGUUUAUGAUAAUAGUUGCGUGAAAAUUAUUAUCUUUGUUGUUGUUAUAUGUUUAAUAUAGUAUUCAAAACAUAAAGUAUAAGCUAUUUGUUGCGAUCUAUAUUAUAGGUAUAUAAUAUUAAAGAAGAUAAACUAUUGAAUAGAGAAAUUAAGGUAUUUGCAAUGUGAACUUUCUAUGCAAUAAUUAGUAGCCAAAUUACGCACUGUAGUAUGUAUUACAGUACAGAAACUGCGAUACUGUAAACAGUUUAGAUUUUUCACAUUUAUCACAGCGAUGUGAUGUAGCAUAAUUGUGAAAUGUUAUCUGUUUUAUGCGAUAUAUAAGCAAUUGUUAUUACUUAAUGUGCAUACAUAUUAUUGGCAGCAGUCUGUGACUACACGAUAAGUUUUUUACUACAUACUUUAACUGAUCGUGACCCCAUAUAAAUCUCUGGGUGUGAUUAACGCAUCAUAUAAAUGUAUUACCAGUGAUUUAAUUUACUAAACAUUUAAGUUAUGUAUUUUACUAAUUUAUAAAUCAACAUGUACAUUCUCUUUCUUACAUGCAAUCAAGUAAAGACAAGGUAAAUGCAAGUAGGAAAUUGUCAAUAGUUUAUUUUCUUCGGUUAUAACUUAUUUAUUUUUCUCAAUAAAGAGUGAAUCAGAUUUAUAAUAUAAGCAUUACAUUUCUUUUCAAACUAUAAGGGUAACUAAAUAGAUUAGAGAUUGAUAGCACUUCACGACACAUUAAAUAUAAUAAUAUUCUUAAGAAACAAAGAAUGUCAUUAUACACGACAAAGUGCAAAGUAAAAGUACAAAAUUUUACUUCUCAUUCGAACUUUGUAUACCUCAAAAAUGAAAGAUCACUUUUGAGUAGUUUAUAUCCUUAUAGCCAUAAGAAUUUUGAUAACACUUUAAUGCGGGGGAAGAGUUAUUAUAGUGGUGUAGGAAUCAGCCCCUCUUAUCACAUUUGUACUCCGAUAAAGUUAUCAACAAUAUUACAAGGUGACGCAAAUCGAACGAUUUUAUAUAGACUUAUCGAAUUCUUUACUCACAUGUGUUGCGCGUUUCACGCAUUUCCGUCGAGCGCAUCGAACGAGAAAAUCAGUUUGCAGUAUAUAUAUAUGGAUAUGCAACAUAGAUAUAUGUAUAUAUACAUACACACACAACUGAUCUAUCGAUCGACAAGAUCACGACAUAUGUGACACAAAUACACCACACACACACACGUACAAUAGAUUUAAACACGGAACAAUUACACAAGACACACACACGCGCGAACAUACGAUUGCGAACCUUUAAAUGUAAAACGUAAAGAACUGUUAUAGGAAAAAAAUCUUCUUAUCUUCGCCAACUUUGUGUUACUUGAGAAAAUAAAAUACAAUUUCGAUAAUAUGAAA